GACAGUAAACUGACAUGUAUGUCACUGAUCAACAAAUUCGUAUGGUCGUGUUCGAUAGUUCAUGCAUAAAAACUCAUCCUUUCCUCAAUUGUAUGCAUUUGUACUUUAUAUAGCACCGGGCUAACCCAAUUUUCAUUCACAAUGAUUUUAAUGGAUAUAUACGAUACGGCGAGUUGGUGGACCGUACUCAUUGGUCUUCAAGUAGUCAUCGGCUCCGUGUACUUAUGGCUUAAGAAGAGUAAGAAAUCUGAACCUAUAUUGACGAGGGAAAAGUUUUUGGAGUGGAAGCCCUUGCCUCUUGUUGACGACAUACCAGUAGAAGAACCUCCUCUAAUGGGGAAAAUAGACGAUAAUGUGUUGAAUGUCGGAGCUACAAGCUUCCUAUGCAUGGAUAAGGAACAAUCUAUCAUGGAUAGUGCAAUAAAUUCCUUGCAUAAAUAUGGUGUCGGAUCUUGUGGUCCAAGAGGAUUCUAUGGUACCAUAGAUGUGCAUUUGGAGUUAGAAGAGCGUUUAGCCAAGUUUCUGCAAGUGGAGGAAACCUGUGUCUAUUCAUAUGGAUUUUCCACAAUAGCAAGUGCUAUUCCCGCAUAUGCCAAGAAGGGGGACAUUAUUUUUGCAGAUGAAAAAGUAUGGUUCGCCAUACAAAAAGGCUUUGACGCUUCUCGCAGCACUAUAAUAUACUUCAAGCACAAUGAUAUGAACGAUCUUGAGAGACUACUCCAAGAGGCAGCUGAUAAGAAACAGUUGAAUCCCAAAAGAAGAGCCUUCUUGGUGGCCGAAGGCAUUUAUAUGAAUACCGGGGAGAUGUGUCCCUUGAGACGGCUAGUGGAGCUGGCUAGACGAUUCAAAUUAAGGAUAAUUUUGGACGAAAGCUUAACUAUUGGUGUCAUAGGCAAGCACGGGCGCGGGCUAACGGAACAUUUGAAUGUACCACGCGAUGAGAUAGACCUGAUCGUCGGUUCUCUAGAACAUUCCUUCGCGACUGUUGGCGGCUUCUGCGCCGGUACCCACUUUAUUGUGGAGCAUCAGAGACUUUCGGGGUUGGGAUACUGUUUCAGUGCGUCACUGCCGCCGAUGUUGACGCAGGCCGCGAUAUCUGCCUUGGAUAUUAUUGAAAAACAACCCAAUAUCAUUGCUGAGCUUGACGACAACUCCAGGAAACUGAAUAAAGCCCUCGCUAACCUCAAGCACUUCACAUUCAGAGGAGAUGAAUUGUCCCCCGUCAAACAUAUCUACUUAAAGGAUGAUCUAACGGACAGACUGAAACACAGCUACCUCAAAAAUAUCACAAAUUAUUGCCUCCACAAGGGAGUGGCCAUGACGGUUGCUGCAUACUUGAGGGACAUAGAAGUGAACUGUCCGGAACCUUCUAUACGAUUGGCCUCCAGUAGGAAAUUGAACGAUGAAAAUAUAGCUCUAAUUUGUAGUUUACUUGAUGAAGCAUAUGAAAAGGUUGGGCCCAAUGACGGUUUGGGACCUGUUUAGGUUAUAAAUGAGUUUCAUAGGGCAUUCAGGACUCAGGUACUAAUGGAAAGAUUUCAAAAAUUGUGAAAUUUUAAAUUAAAUCACCAUAGAAUCGGCAUAUAAAAGAAACAAUAUCUUUGGAAUUAUUUCACUUAGUGUCCCUGAUGCUUUUUUUUAUUUUAAUUAUUGUAUGAUCAAGUGUAGGUAGUUAAUUGCAUAUAAUAACAAGUUUUGGGGGGAAACCGUACAUAUUAUCAUAAUAUUUUCGUUUGAACGUUAUUUUUACUUUUUUAUUGCAUUAUUUACGUAGUUCGCGUACAUUUUGAAGUACACUGCCUUAAAAUUCGUUGAAAACAAGUACAUUUUUACGAAUAGUAUUAUUUAUUUCGUCACAAAUUUAUUAUAAGAUUGUGUUUCACAAAAUAGAUAGAUCGAAUCGGAUUUAUACAAGUGUUUGUGUCGUGAUGUAUUGGCUCUUUGAUAAACUAAAUUUUUAUAAAUAGCUUUAGUGGGGUAUGGGACAGAUGACAUAUAUCUGUUUCACUGAUCGAUUUUCUCUAUGGACAAGUAGGUGAUAAGCUUUCUGUGUCCAGCCAGACCAAGACAUUUUUUUUCCCACCGAGAAUAGAACCCAGGGCUCUUCAGUUCUACACUUACUCGUUAGCCACUGGAACCAGGAGGCGGUCAAUUAAUUUCUGUUCACAUUAAUUUUUCCAGUGCGUUUUUAAUUAUAAUAUUAUCUCUGUAAAAUUAGACUAAAAAAUAACUCAGACAUAAGCCAUACAAUAAAACUAAAUCAGUAUAGGAGCAGGUACAAUGCGUCUUUCCAAACUAGUUUGAUUACUUUUUGAGUUUUUUUUGUUUUAAAAGCGGCAUUUUAAAUAUUAUUUUCUCGCUAAGCGGUAUCACGAUACUACACAUUUGUAUGAUUUUGACUGUCAACU